GAACCCACAAGGGGGGUGUGGCGUCUUUCCCAACCGGGAAGCCUGUUUUUAAGCCUUUUCCAGAACCGACUCAGACCGCGACGCGCCGUCCGGAGGAAGACCGUCGUCCCGUUGGUUUCAUCCCCGGGACACGGGAGGUGGAGCCGAAAUCCGUCAACACCAGACGGCGUGAAAAUGACGAUGUCGGUCCCGGAGAGGAAAUCGGGAUCGGAGGGGAAGGAGGAGGAGAGCGAGGAUGAGAGCGAGAUCGUGGAGGAAAGCCCCUGUGGGCGAUGGCAGAAGCGCAAAGAACAGGUGAGCCAAGGCAACGUGCCCGGCGUGGAAAGCGCCUCGCUGGCCAUGGACACGGAGGAAGGCGUGGAGGUGGUGUGGAACGAGGUGCUGUUCUCCGACAAGAAGGUCUUCAAAGCGCAGGAGGAGAAGAUCAAGGAGAUGUUUGAGAACCUGAUGCAGGUGGAGCACCCCAACAUCGUCAAGUUCCACAAGUACUGGCUGGAUAUGAAGGAAAGUCAGGCUCGGGUGAUUUUCAUCACAGAGUACAUGUCCUCGGGCAGCCUCAAGCAGUUUCUCAAGAAAACCAAGAAGAACCACAAGACCAUGAAUGUGAAGGCCUGGAAAAGAUGGUGCACGCAGAUCCUCUCCGCCCUCAGCUAUCUGCACUCUUGCGAUCCGCCAAUCAUUCACGGCAACCUGACAUGCGACACCAUCUUCAUCCAGCACAACGGCCUCAUCAAGAUCGGCUCAGUGUGGCACCGACUCUUUGUCAACGUGUUCCCGGACGCCAACGUCCAGGGCAAAGGGAGGCAGCAUCGCGACGAGCAGCGGAAUCUUCAUUUUUUCGCCCCGGAAUAUGGAACCGGCGAAGAUGAUUACGCCAUCGACAUUUUCUCCUUCGGCAUCUGCGCGCUGGAAAUGGCGGUGUUGGAGAUCCAGGCCAACGGAGACGCCGCCGUCUCCAAGGAGGCCAUCGUCAACGCCGGCCAGUCCCUGGAAGACCCUCUGAUGAGAGAGUUCACCCAGUCGUGUUUGCGCCCCGACGCCAAGCUGCGCCCGACCGCCCACGACCUCCUCUUCCACCGCGUCCUGUUCGAAGUGCACUCCCUCAAACUGCUGGCCGCCCACUGCCUCAUCAACAACCAGUACUUGCUCCCCGAGAACUGUGUGGAAGAGAGGACCAAGUCCUUCGACCCCAACGCCGUCAUGGCCGAGAUCAAGCAUGAAGACAGGCUUGGAGUUCAGCUAAAGUACUCCCACGUGUCCCCUUUGGAGCUGGACAAGUUUCUGGAGGACGUCAAGAACGGGAUUUACCCCCUGAUGAACUUCGCCUCGUCCCGGCCGCAUCCCGUCCCCCGCGCCCUCUCCUUGUCUCAGGAGCAGGUGGAGACGGUCAAGACGCCCACGCCGGAACCCCAGGAGACGGAGAGCAGGAAGGUCCUUCAGAUGCACUGCACCUUGGAGUUGAACGAAGAAGGGAACAAAACUCAUGUGAGUCACGUAGUACAUCAGCUGUCUUUAUUCCUCAAGAUGGACGACAAACUUCACCGGCAGCUGAGCUGCGACAUCCUCCCAACGGACACGUCCAAAGACCUCGCCAGCGAGCUCGUUCACUACGCCUUCAUAAAUGAGGAGGACAUCGAGAAGGUCGCCGUGGUCCUGGAAGAUGCUAUCAAACGUCACCGGGUAGGCGCUCUGCCCUCUGGGAGCAUGCAGUGAAGUGGGACGGACGGAGGGAGUCACGGAUCGUCGUUGAGGGCCUUUUAUGGCGUCCUUCAGCCGGAAAUGGAGGGAGCAGAAGCCCGUUUGGAGUGAAAGGAACACUGAGGGAUGUUGAAAAAGACACAAGACUCAACGGAGGAGUCCCGGCAAACAGAGCGAAGGGCCACGGGAGCGCCAGACGCCUCAUGGCCGUGUUCGGAUCCCCUCCCUCCGAAGGGCUCGUUUGCCUUAACCCCCGUCGGUUCCGUAGCGGACGCCGCCAUCCCAGACAUUCAUUUUACUCGCGGCCGUCCCGUCAAACGAAUGUUUUUGCACUACGGCGUCCACCCCCCCCCCACCCCCGUCCAACCUUUUUAAGUACGCCAUCCAUCGUGCAUUGUUAACUCAUCCACUGUGGAAUUAUUUAUUACCAAGAAGCGUCGCACGAGGCUGUGGUGUUUAUCUGCGCUCUCUGAUAUUUCUCCGACUGCGUUUCCUCCGACUCGCCCCCGGGGUCUGAACGGCUCUCUUUUCACCCUGCAGUGCUCUUAAAGGGCUUCUCCCCUCUGAAAGUGUUCUGAGUGCCAAAGACUUGUUGCAAAGUGCCUGAUAUGGUUACAAAACACAAAUGAAAUAGAAUUAAGGCUUAAUUGACGAAUUGGGAAUGAAUGGUUUUGCCUAUAGGUGCCACAAGAUGGCAGCAAAGCGCUACUUUGCUAGAAAUGGCUCUGGCCUGGCUCAAUGAAGCUCCUCCCCUCACUUGUGGUCACUUGCAAUAUGAGCACCCGUAUCCCAAAUAUUUGUUUGUAUCUCAAGACAAUUUUUUAUUUUUUUUUUGGAUCUAAAAAAACCCUCAUAAAUCAAGGCACUCGUAUCUCAAGGCACCACUGAAUUGGACCGUUGGGCCUGAGCACAAAAGCAACAAAUAGUUUUGAUAGAUGAACAAACAUUUGUAAAUUAAUAUAAAUUUUCAGACAAACCAAGUGAAAUGUCUUUUUAAAUUGUACCACUGAAAUAAAUUCUGUAAUUCCGCCAUAAUUUGUUCUGAGAGAUGCACGGCUGCGUUUGAUAUGAAUGUGCAAAAGAACUUCUUGUGCAUCGGCUGUAAAUAUUGUUUUGAAUUGUUGACAUCCUUCAAAUCACAGAGUGGACUUAGUCAUAUUUUGUUCACCAUGUAACUUUUGCUUUCUUAUUUUCCGUUGCCCAAUUUUAUGAGUCUUAACUUUGUAUAAAUUUUAAUACUUAGUUUUUCAAUAGCCAUAGCGAUCCAUUUUUCCAUUUUGGGUUUAGUUUAAAGUUACAUUGAGAUUCUUAAGCGAUGUUGAUCCUGAAAUGUAACAUCAAGUAAAUGUGUCAAUUAAUAUACAUUUUCCACUUCCAGCAAAAACAUUUUCUUCAUACAGCUUGACAUAAAAAGUUUUUUUUAAUUGCGCUUGUUUUGUCUUUGCCCCCCCCCCCCUGUAAAUUCCCAGUUAAAUAACAGACUGUUGUACAGUAAAUGCUGUAAAUUUAUUUCUGCCUAUCUCCGCAGAGGGGAUUCCGGAAUCUUGCCGGGCAGUCGUCAUCUUCCAUGCAGGCUGUGCAGUAAAUUUUUUUUGUGGCUUCUUGGGCAAAGUUUACCAAGGAUUCCGAUCCGAUGUGAAACAGUGCCGCUCUUGCUCUUUUAUUACCUUGUAAGCUGCAUGUCUUAAAAAAAAAAAAAAAAAAAACAACAAAAACUGCAAGCAUUCAAAACUUUGCAUUUUGCCUUUGUCAAUAACAGUUCAGUCCCUGAAAGGCGAGGGAGGGGGUGCUGAUUGUGAAUGUUUGCAUACAUGGUACAGUAAUAAUAUUGCUAAAUAAUAAUAUUGGUCUUAAUCUGUCGAGGCUGUUGAAUUUGCCUUUGGAUGUGCUCCAUUUAAGCAUUUGUAAAAUAUUGUAGCAAUGCCAAUUAAAUAAACAUAAGAUGUGA